AUGGAGCACUUGAAGCUUUCAGAAAAUUUCAACGCUUGGAGCUCAAGUUGGGUAAAGCCAAACUAGAUCUUGAAUUUCUGAAAGCAUGCAAAAAAUGGCUCGGUAAUACCACGAUUCCUGUGGUUCAAGGUUGCGAAUCGCCGUUUGCGGAAAUCCAGCGCCUACAGACAAUGUCAAAACAAACUGUUACAAGAUGAAAUCAACGCCAAACACGCAAGAAUACGAAUAUUAUCAGCGCAAGUAACAACAACACACGCGAACCUGGCUUCACUUGUUUCUACGCUUGAUUUUAUUCACCUAAAGAACAUUUCCGAUCGUGAAAAUUCAAAGAAAUUGAACCAGCAUCAACGUGUUCAAGAUCGAAAGUUAUUUCGCCUAAACGCUGAGCAAAAACACUCAAACACAAUAGAUCCGAAUGCAGUGGUGUUCAAUUUCUCAAACCGACUCAUCACAGAUAAAGAGAAGGAGAUUCUUUCGAAAG